AUGUGUCCCCCAGGCGUAGACCAAACCAUGCGCAGCCCUCAACAAUGGCUACUCUAUGCUCCUGAACUCGAACAACGCCACGCGUUCACCAAGAACGACAACGACUGGGGCACAACUUUCACGGACAUCUCAUCCGGCACUGUAAACUUCAAUGUAUGGGCACUACUAGCCAGACCAAUCCACUCAUCCGUUGUAACCCAUCCCGUCAAAAGCAGCUCACAUUUCCACCGCGGCCGGUUCAACACCCUCUCCAACGAACUCAUCGACAUGAUCCUCUCAUACAUCAGCUCAGACCCCAGCGACAUGAUAGCCCUCGGACUAACCUGUGAGAGUUUCUGGUAUCUUGUAGCACAGCAUAUCCACCGCUGCUACCUCAAAAGCGCGGCACCAUGGGCGGGUGCGAAGAUCAUUUUCCAAGGCUCGUACGCCACGGAAUUACCUGAAUUUUUGGUUGAUUCACCUGCUGUGCUGAAGGCUGAUGCGGGGGAUAGGAUACGGAUGCCGCCUGCGAGGCAGAUCUUCUGGACGGGGUGGUGCUUUAAGAAAGUUAAGAGUUUUACGAGUUUGGAGGAGGAGUGGCUCCAGGCAAUUGAGAUGUGGAAGGGGAGUAGUGGGAUCCCAGAGCAGAGAUGGAGGGAAAUGAUGCAGCACUUAGACACUUCGUAUCUCUUCCCCCGAGAUCACCCAUGGGUGCUACGGAAUCUCACUAAAAAGGAAUUCGUAUCUUCCAAGGUACCCGAGAGGCGUCGCACGAGAGGAGGAAAAGACUGCUCGGAAACGACGUUCGAGGAAGUUUUGCUGAUGAAGACGUUCUGGAAGGCGCACCCGCCGUAUGUACAUUAUGAUAAAGAGUGCCGGCCUAGUAAGUGGGCGGGACAUUGUUUUGAUAUUGUGAGGGAAGAUGUACAUGUAGCAGAAGGUGGAGAAGGAUGGAAAGAUCUCACGGUCAGUGUUGAGCGGGAUGUUAUGGCGUGGAAGAUGAUGCAGGAGUCUAGUGAGGAGUGGAGCUAG